CGUGGGUCGCGGCCCAGCCGGGGCGGCGCGGCAGGCUGACGUCAGGGCGGGGCUGGCACUGCCCGCCGGCGGAGCGGGGCGCUGCCGGGAGCGGGGCGGCGGCGGCGGCAGAUAAAGCAACAAUGGCAUUUGUGAAGAGUGGCUGGCUGCUCCGGCAAAGCACUAUUUUGCGGCGCUGGAAGAAGAACUGGUUUGACCUAUGGUCUGAUGGCCGUUUAAUAUUCUAUGAUGAUCAGAAUCGCCAUGAUAUAGAAGAUAAAAUCCACAUGCGAAUCCAUUGCAUCAACCUCAGAGAGGGGAAUGAAUGUCGAGAUUUCCAACCUCCAGAGGGAAAGCAGAGAGACUGUUUAUUGCAGAUUGUUUGUCGUGAUGGAAAGACCAUCAACCUCUGUGCAGAAAGUGCGGAUGAUUGUUUGGCAUGGAAAAUUGCUCUUCAGGAUGCCAGAACAAACACAGGCUACGUGGGAUCUGAUGUGAUGUAUGACGAGACAGCAAUUUCCUCAGCACCUCCUCCCUAUACAGCUUAUGCUACACCGUCACCUGAGGUCUAUGGCUAUGGCUACGGUCAGUACCAUGGUGCAUAUCCCACUAUGGGUCCUCAAGUCUUCUAUGCCUCCAGUAGACAAGCCUAUGAUGUUCCCUACCAGUAUCCAUACCAAGGACCAUAUGGCCAACCCCCUGCAAACCACGUCAUCAUUCGAGAGCGUUACCGUGACAGUGAUGGAGAUCUUGCACUAGGCAUGCUUGCUGGAGCAGCGACUGGAAUGGCUCUGGGAUCAUUAUUCUGGGUCUUCUAGACUACUCAUUCCUUAUAUUUGUAGUUCCAAAAACCUUUAUUGUGUGCAAUAAUAUAUUGGCAAUGUUGUUUACUGUUAAACUUUCAAAAAUGCAAUAGUUAUUUUCUAGUAGUGACAUCUUAAUAACUGAUUCUUAACUGUCCAAAGGAGAGUUUAAAGGCACCAGUAAGUGGCUGGAAAAGGCAUAUGCUGCUCUUCAACUCUUUUCUGAUAUACUAGGAUCUGUAGGGAUAAGGAUCAAUAUGAGCACCAGUGUAACAUGGUCACAGUCAGCAGUAACCGUGUGAACAGACUGUUAACAUAAACACCAGUAGAAAGAAUGGUGUUGGGGUUUUUUGGGGGGUCUAAAAUCCAGUCUAAAUAGAAGGUUUAUAGAAGCCCUGAACUAGCAUGUAUGUACUACUGGUUUCUAAACAUCCCCUGGACAAACAUACAGCUCAGCAGAAACUCCCUGGCAUUAGGCAGUCUGCCAUGCUUAAGGACUUUUAGUUUUUAAGCUUGUCUGCAGACGGUAAUGCAUUUCCUUGGAUAGAAUCCUCUGCCUGUCUCUCACACCAUCUAGGCAAAGUUAUCUGAGCACGCAUGAAGUGAACGGCUAAGAAGCAGCAGUAGUCUUUUUUUAUUCUCCCAGAAAUGUGAAUGUCCAGUGGCAAGGAAGACCAGUAUUUGUUGUUCCAGCUCCUCUGAUCAGGGGAAAGUAAUGGAUCUUUACCUUCACAAGGGGUCUUCCUUUUCUGUAGAAGUCAGACUCCUCAGACACUGUAACCAACUGUACUGCAGAGGAAGAGGGCAUUGUUUGGUAUCUCUGCACUUAAUGAUUGCUGCAGUCUGCAGGAGAACUAACUUGAACAACCUUGUCAGAACCCCUCUGCAUGCAGUAUUAGUCAAGAGGGAAGACGCAAACAGCACAAGCAGACCAUGCAGACAGGAACUUUGAAAUCAGCUGCCUUGCCAUGGCUAGUGGGUAGUGUCUGCCUCUUCACAGCUUCCAAGGCUUCCUGAUCCAGGUUCAUUACCUACAACUAGGUUCAAGUGCAGCUGAGGCUGGGUUUGUUCCAUGCACACUUCCCCCUCACCUAUAGCAGGCUUCUUCUUCCCUUUCAUGAAUUAGGGAAAACACUCCAGGGAACCUGGUUGGCUUUGCCUUUAUGUCUGGUUCCUUACAUAGUGUGCUCCUGCAAGCUGCUGUCCUAGCUGUUGUUUGUGUUGUGGCCUGCUUCAUUAUCCUGUUGUAAUCCAUGCUGAGCUGUGCUUGGCAGAGGAAGGAAAGCUGAGAAGAAACACACAUGGCUUCCUUAAUCAGGUAAAAGAGGCAGGGUGCCCAAGAUGAAUUCUUUAUAGUAAGAGUUCUUAUUUUUAUACUUCCACUUUCAGCUUCCUGUAAUCAUACUGUUUUAAUAUGUUAAGGCUUCUUUAUAUGCUUUCAUUCAGAAGGAGAUUCAUUCCUUUGAGGUUCAGAGGCUUUCAGGUAUGUCACGAAAGAUGAAAAUAAAUGCGAAUUUGCACCCACAUAAAUUUAAAUCCAGCUCUGACCUUUUUCAUUUCACCCUAAAGCUGUUUUGGCUGUAUCCUACGUAGUUGAGCAAUAGAGGUCUUGGACAAGAAUUUGGAUAGCAGCCAGGCGGAAGCAUUAAAUUUUCCUGACUCUUAGGACCAUCUCCAACAAACUGAAAUAAUGGGAAGGAAACAGACAUAUGUUAUCUUGGCUGUAUUACUAAAUGUGAGCCUAAUCCAGGGAAUGUAAACUUUCAAGAAACUUAGGCUUAAAGCCAUAUAUCAAUGUCCAUGCUUGUCCUUUCAAAGAUUAAUAAAAGGUGCAUAUGUUCUGUCAGUGGUGUGUACUAAAAGGACUUCACUUGCUGCAGGUUUGAAAGAGAAUUAAAGCAAAAGUUUCCAACUGAUAAUCAAACUCAAAAUGAAGGAAGAGUGCUCUACUUAAGUUCUCAUAGAGGCCUGGUACCUUUGAGCUCAGAAGGAGAUGGUGACUGCCUGGAACUUUGGCGAACAAACACUUCUACAGAUUUUAAGUUUUGAGAUCAUUGAUUUUACAUCUACAGUGCUGUUUAGUUGUGCUUCACAUUAUAACCAGAUGCAGAUUGCUUCCAUCUCCUCUUCACCUUCUGUGAUAUUUAGCUUGUAAGAGGGGAAGGAAAUAAAACAAUUGAACAUAA